AAAAAUGAGAUGAGAACAUCCAUGGAUUACAUUUCCGUACUUGUUCUUUGCUUCUCUUUAUUGCUGAUUCUAGAAACAGCUACGGCCAUUGACACCAUAAACACAACUCAGUCCAUUAGAGAUGGCCAGACCCUAAUUUCAGCUGAUGGAACCUAUGUGUUAGGAUUUUUCAAGCCUGGCAAAUCCAAAAGUAGAUACUUGGGGAUAUGGUUUGGCAAAAUAUCUGUCGUGACUGCGGUCUGGGUUGCCAACAGAGAAACACCCCUUAAUGAUUCAUCAGGCGUUUUAAGGCUUACCAACAAAGGAAGUCUUGUCCUUCUCAAUAGCAGUGGGAGCAUACUUUGGUCUUCCAACACAUCGAGAUCACCUGCGAGGAAUCCAGUUGCACAACUUCUUGAUUCAGGAAAUCUUGUUGUGAAAGAGGAGGGUGAUGAUAUCCUGGAAAAUUCUUUGUGGCAGAGUUUCGAACAUCCAACUGAUACAUUAUUGCCUGAAAUGAAGCAGGGAUGGAACAAAAUAACAGGAAUGGACUGGUCAUUGACAUCAUGGAAGUCAUCUGAUGAUCCUGCCAAAGGCCAUUUUAUAGAUAUGCUUUCUCCUGAUGGGUAUCCGGAGAUACAAGUGAUCGAGGAUUCAAAAGUGAAAUAUCGGUCUGGACCAUGGAAUGGUCUCCGGUUUAGUGGCUCAAAUCAAUUAAAACAGAAUCCCAGGUACACAUUCGAAUUUGUUUAUAAUGAGAAUGAGACAUUUUACAGAUAUCAUCUUGUCAACAACUCAAUGCUUUGGAGGCUUGUGAUCAGUCCAGAAGGCGAUCUCCAGCGCUUCACAUGGAUUGAUCAAACACAAAGUUGGUUGCUUUUUAGCACAGCAAAUACUGAUAAUUGUGAACGUUAUGCCCUAUGUGGUGCAAAUGGUAUCUGCAGUAUUCAAAACUCUCCAAUGUGUGAUUGCUUGCAUGGAUUUGUACCCAAAAUUCGAAGUGAUUGGGAAGCCACUGAUUGGUCUAGUGGUUGUGUUAGAAGAACUCCAGUAAAUUGUUCUGUAGAUGGGUUUCAAAAGGUCUCUGGGGUGAAGUUACCUCAGACGAACACAUCAUGGUUUAACAAGAGCAUGAAUCUCGAGGAAUGCAAGCACAUGUGCUUGAAGAACUGCAGCUGUACAGCAUAUUCAAACUUGGACAUCAGGGAUGGAGGAAGUGGUUGCUUGCUCUGGUUUGGCGACCUUGUUGAUACUAGAGUAUUUAGUCAAAAUGAACAGGAUAUUUAUAUAAGGAUGGCUGCUUCAGAACUAGGUAAUGGUGAUGGCGCAAAGGUUAAUGAUAAAUCGAACACGAAGAAAAUGAUCAUACUAAGCUCUGUGUUAUCUACCGGAACUCUUCUCCUUUGCCUAGCCAUGGUCUUGUAUAUUCGAAAUAGAAAGCAACGGAGAAACAGAAAAGUAAGUGGUGGUUUUGAGAGAAAUUCUAAUAGCAACCUCAGGAAAGAAAACCUGGAUUUACCGUUGUUUGAUUUGUAUACCUUGGCUGGUGCCACAAUGGACUUCUCAGAAGACAGUAAACUGGGAGAAGGGGGAUUUGGACCUGUUUAUAAGGGAACAUUGAAAGAUGGACGAGAAAUAGCCGUGAAGAGGCUCUCUAAGUUUUCGAGACAAGGGCUUGAUGAGUUUACCAAUGAAGUCAAGCACAUUGUGGAACUUCAGCACCGAAAUUUAGUGAAGCUUCUAGGAUGCUGCAUUGAGAGAGAUGAGAAAAUGCUGGUCUAUGAGUUCUUGUCUAACAAAAGCUUGGACUUCUUUAUUUUCGAUGAAACACACAGAUUGCAACUAGACUGGCCUAAGCGCUACAAUGUUAUCAAAGGGAUUGCUCGUGGACUCCUUUAUCUUCACCAAGAUUCAAGGCUAAGAGUAAUCCAUAGAGAUCUGAAAGCUAGCAAUGUAUUAUUAGAUCAUGAAAUGAAUCCAAAAAUUUCAGACUUUGGCCUGGCUAGAAGUUUUGGAGGAAACGAAACCGAAGCCAAUACAAACAAAGUGAUGGGAACAUAUGGCUACAUAUCCCCGGAGUAUGCAUUUGAUGGUCUCUACUCGACAAAAUCAGACGUCUUCAGCUUUGGUGUGUUGGUGCUAGAGAUAGUGAGCGGGAACAGAAACAGAGGAUUUUCUCAUCCAGACCACCAACUCAACCUUCUCGGGCACGCCUGGAGACUAUUCUUAGAAGGCAAGCCUUUGGAACUAGUUUCGGAAUCAAUAAUUGAAUCAUGCAAUUUAUUUGAAGUGCUACGUUCGAUUCACAUGGGUCUGUUGUGCGUUCAAGAAAAUCCAGUAGAUAGGCCGAGCAUGUCGUAUGUCGUUUUGAUGCUGGAAAACGAAGAUGCAUUGCCUCAGCCUAAACAACCUGGCUUUUUUACAGAAAGGGAUCUGAUGGAAGUGACUUAUUCAUCAACCCAGAGCAAACCAUAUUCAGCUAAUGACUGCUCUAUUUCAUUGUUAGAGGCAAGAUAGAUUACAUUUUGUGCUUGAUACGUUUCGAUGUUGUGCUCCACAGGUACUCCUAGUUACUCUAGCUGCUUCAGAAUUUUUUUUUUAUGUUUCUGUACCAGGGCAACUAUAUAUACUUAAUCAAUGUACGUGUUUUUUUGAACUGAUAACUUGAUUCACAGGUAAAGUAAAAGUAACGUCUUUUUGCAGGACCUGACUCUCUUUGUAGGACCUGACUAAUUGGAUUUCAACAUUAAUAUUCUAUUAAACCUUUAAUA